AGAACGAAUGCUUCAGAUUCAUACAGACAGUGGAAAGAAAUGGAUGCGAAACAAGCAGGUUCCUCUCUUGAUUCUCUAAUGUCCUCCUUCAACACUCGAAUCACAGAGCUACAGGAACUCAUUAUCGCCAGGAACAUGUAUCCGGCGAGCACCGUGGCAGAUUUGUCGGCGGUUGAUGCGGCGUUGAAGGCGAUGGAGAUGCAGGUGCAGAUGAUCAAGGAUCGAUUGCGUGAGGAGACCGAGGCCAUACCAAAAGCAAAGAAACUCAUUGAUGCAUCGCUGCGGCAGCAGAAGAAAUUGCAGAAUAUGUCUGUUCAUGUUCCACUAUAUUUACCUGAAAGAAUGUCUACCUUAAAUUUAAACGUCAAUAGAGGUUUGAUGACAGAAGCCUUUGAACAACACCGAGAACAACUGCCUAAUAUUGCCUCUUCAAAACUUGAGGAGCGCUCUACGUUACCUAAGUGCCAGGAGAAGAAGGGUCGCGCACCAGCACCACUAUGGUACAUAACUACUACUGAGCUGGAUUCUCUGCCUUCAUAUAUGAGAGGAAGGCUCACACUUGAGAAAGUUAAUGCAGCUAUUAAUGACAUGGCAACAUAUGCUGAUGCAAAUGCACAGCUUAUUGCGGCUCCAAAGAAGAAGCUGGCAGAAAAUCUUUGGGAAAGAGCUCUGGAAUUGAGAGACAUUGCUAUGACGGAAACAGUGAAGGGGAAACAUUUUUUCCUUGAAACGGACAUGAAAGGACCAACAUUGAAGCCUGACAACACUGGAAAAGCAAUACUGACUGUCCUACGGCACCUUAGUCGCAUCAGUGAAACUCGUAUUGGACAUCACCGAGUGAUAAUUCUUUCAAAGCCUCAAUGAUUCACCCGGAUUCCCAAUCACCCUACUAUCACAUACGUGUUUAUCCGUCUCAAAGUCUGAAAAUGAGCAUGGAUGUCGAAAUUUUAGGAUUCAAGGAUUCAAAGAUUCAAAUCUAUAAGCUAAGAGGAAUGGUAAAGUCUGCUAAGGUUUCUAGUUGUGUGUUCAUCUUGAUUGGAAACCUUGUGCCUUUGUGCACCAAAAGGCAUUCCGCUAUGUCAUCCUGCAGUCCAAGAUUGACUCUCAUUAUACAGAAAAGUGAAACUGCAUCUUUACUGUGUUACAUGAAGUUCUGUAAACUUUGUGGUAAGAAUCACAUGCGUUAAUGUUGACCUUCUUACCCCAUGAUUACGGACAAAGAUAAUAUUCCUCACAUAUCAAUUUCAUCCUCGUUUUCUUUCAUCAGUAGAGACAGAUUAAUGGUGUUACAUUACAUAAUUUAAGUUCUGAUUUGCUCAAAGGAGAAACAGGAUCAUUUCAGAAAAAAGUGUACUUCAUUUG